GCAUGGGUGUGUGGACUGUGGGUGCAGUUGAGAGUGUGUGUGUAUCUCGGAAUAAAUCCAACGUACUGGUAGCUGUAUAGUGGUUAGCGGUGGGCGCACGCACACACACACGCUAUCUCCUCCAGUUGCUUCGAUCCACCGCUCACCAUCUAUUUUAGUACAUAGCUCUUUGAGAAUCGGUGAACUGCUAAAAAGGAAUCUAGCUGAAUGCAUUAAUACAGGAUUAUUGAUGUCCAGGCGUGGGAUAUCCAUGCUGUAUACACUCCCCAUUACCGCCCAGUAGAAGUACUUGCAGACUUAUAUUCUUCAAAGUACAUCAACCGAUUUUGGAAGAGCUCAUUAAAAUUUGGACUGUAUUCUUUGAUAUAUACAAGGGAUGUGGUUUAUCUGAUCUAGAUUUUAGUCAAAUCUAGUCCAGGAUUUACCUUUUCUAGAAGGGACUCUUGUCAGAGCAUACACCCAUGCUACAGAGGAUAUAUUGAAAGGAUUUUAGGAAACCAUUUCAUCUGAUCAAAGCUGAAAAGAAGCCUCUUCUUAGUUUUUUUUUUCUGUAGGAUGAGACACGAAGCAGGAGUGCAGAUGGCAUCAGCAUCAGUAGACAACAAAUGGCAAAAGGACGCUGCCGACCAGAACUUUGAUUACAUGUUCAAACUUCUGAUCAUCGGUAACAGUAGCGUAGGCAAGACGUCCUUUCUCUUCCGGUACGCCGACGAUUCAUUCACAUCGGCGUUUGUUAGCACGGUCGGAAUUGAUUUCAAAGUCAAGACUGUCUUCAGGCAGGAUAAGAGAGUUAAACUACAAAUUUGGGACACAGCAGGUCAAGAGAGAUACCGUACUAUCACCACAGCCUACUACAGGGGGGCCAUGGGCUUCAUUUUAAUGUACGAUGUCACAAAUGAAGAAUCAUUUAACAGCGUCCAAGAUUGGUGUACACAAAUAAAGACAUAUUCAUGGGACAACGCCCAGGUGAUUCUUGUUGGAAAUAAGUGUGAUAUGGAAGAUGAAAGAGUAAUCUCAACAGAAAAGGGCAAACAACUCGCUGACCAACUUGGUCUUGAAUUCUUUGAGACGAGUGCGAAGGAGAACAUCAACGUGAAACAGACAUUCGAGAGGCUGGUCGAUAUCAUCUGUGACAAGAUGUCGGAGACCAUCGACACGGACCAGACCCUCAGACCUUCCACGACCAUCACGCCUACAGACCCAGGACAGCAACCAGCCAACUCAUCGUGUUCAUGCUAAGCAGAUUGAUUGGGGGUUUAGGAGGAUGGGGGGACGGGUAGGGGGCGGGCGGGCGGGAGGGUUGGGUGGGGUGUGAGGUUGGAUUGGAAUGGGGAAGGCAAAGAACUGUGCAGGAAUGAACGGAGAGAGGGGUUUAUGAAAUAGAGACGGUAUAUUGAAGAAA